CUCCCGCGCCUCCCGUACCCCAGAGGCGCCUCCGCUUUUCAGCAACCCGCAGCGAGCGCAGCGCCCAGCCCGGAGAGAAGAUGUUUACCGUGAUGACCCGCCAGCCAUGCGAACAGACAGGCUUCAGGGCCCUCUCGAGGACUCCUGCCAUCGUCACCUUGGUGGUCCUGCUUGUGAGCAUUGUGGUACUUGUGACGCUUACACUCAUCCAGAUCCACCACCCACAGGUUCUCCCUCCAGGACUGAAGUAUGGAGUCGUGCUGGAUGCCGGCUCUUCCAGAACCACUGUCUACCUGUAUCAGUGGCCGGCAGAGAAGGAGAACAACACGGGAGUGGUCAGCCAAGCUUUCAGAUGCAGUGUGAGAGGCUCUGGGAUCUCCAGCUAUGAGAAUAACCCCCAAGAUGCCCCCAAAGCCUUUGAGGACUGUAUACUAAAGGUCAAGGAACAGGUCCCGGAUCACCUCCACGGAUCCACCCGCAUUUACCUGGGAGCCACAGCUGGGAUGCGCUUGCUGAGGUUGCAGAAUGAGACAGCAGCUCGUGAAGUCCUUGAGAGCAUCCAAAGCUACUUCAAGUCCCAGCCUUUUGAUUUUAGGGGUGCUCAAAUCAUUUCUGGGCAAGAGGAAGGGGUGUAUGGAUGGAUUACAGCCAACUAUAUAAUGGGAAAUUUCCUGGAGAAGAACCUGUGGCACAUGUGGGUGCACCCGCACGGAGUCGACACCACAGGAGCCCUGGAUUUAGGCGGCGCCUCCACCCAGAUAUCCUUCGUGGCCGAGGAAAAGAUGGAGCUGAACGCCAGCGACACGGUGCAGGUGUCUUUGUACGGCUACACAUACACUCUCUACACACACAGCUUCCAGUGCUAUGGCCAGAACGAAGCAGAGAAGAAGUUCCUGGCCACGCUUCUGCAGAGCCGUUCCACAGAAGCCAACAUCAGCAACCCCUGCUACCCUGAGGGCUACAGCACAGCCUUCACCUUGGGCCACGUGUUUGGCAGCCUGUGCACAGAGAAGCAGAGGCCAGAGAGCUACAACUCCAGUGAUAGCGUCACCUUCAUGGGAACUGGUGACCCACGACUGUGCAGGGAGAAGGUGGCUUCUGUGUUUGACUUCAGUGCUUGCCAAGAGCAAGACGCCUGUUCCUUUGAUGGCAUUUACCAGCCCAAGGUUCAAGGGCCGUUUGUGGCCUUUGCAGGCUUCUACUACACAGCCAGUGCGCUAAACCUCUCGGGAAGCUUCUCCCUUACCUCCUUCAAUGACAGCAGCUGGGACUUCUGCAGACACACUUGGAGUGAGCUCCCGGCCCUGCUCCCCAGAUUUGAUGAGACGUACGCCCGGUCCUACUGCUUCUCAGCCCACUACAUCUACCACUUGCUUGUAAAUGGAUACAAGUUCACUGAGGAGACUUGGCCUCAGAUACGCUUUGAAAAAGAAGUGGGGAACAGCAGCAUCGCCUGGUCCCUCGGCUACAUGCUCAGCUUGACCAACCAGAUCCCAGCUGGAAGUCCCCUGAUCCAUCUGCCCAUACAGCCACCGGUGUUUAUGGGAGUCCUGGCCUUCUUCACGGCGAUCGCCUUGCUGUGCCUGGCAUUUCUUUUGUAUCUAUGUUCAGCAUUCAGGACAAAGGAGCGCUCUCAGAAUGCCUUCGACCAAGCGGUGGAUUCUGAUUGAGCCUUCCAAGCAGCACCCCAGGCUGCCACCAGAGUGACACCAGGCAGUGUGAGUGAAGUGGCUGCCACCAGGACCUGUCCCGUGCUUAAAUGCCAAGGUCAUGUGCCUCUCAGCCACUGGUUCCUGCCAGAGCACCUCCUGGGAGUCCCUCAUCCACCCAGUGGGCAUUGCCUCGAAACCCCUCCCUCCCUGCUUGCUGAUCCCCUGGGAAUCAAGGAGACACUGGCUAUUGGUGUCAGGGGCUUCACUCCGACUACUCCAGAGGAAGUUGAGAAUAUAAUUUAAUGCGGAAGAAUGGACCACGGGCUCGGUUUCCAUUUUCCCUCCCUCUGUACUCCUCCUAGCAAUCCACCCAUGCAGGCUCCGACUCAGAUACUUCACGCUGUGACUUUGACCUGGAGUUCCUUUGCAAGACCUUCCUGUCUUUUAGUUGAGCCGAGCCCUAUCUCAGUCACUAAUGCUUUCUUUCAGCAAUCUCAUAAGCAUUAAGCUCCCUGACUGGUAGCAUUUAGUGGGGAAGAUGAUAGCAUUUUGAGACAGUUUCAUGUAGCCCAUGCUAACUUCCUGCUCACUAUGUAGCCAAGACCAGGACCUGUCCCAUGCCUAAAUGCCAAGGUCAUGUGCCUCUCAGCCACUGGUUCAUUGAUAUCUGCUCUUUUGCUGAGGGCUGAGAUUAUGGGUUGUGAGGUCCUCGGGGUGGAACCCCAGGCUUCAUGAAUUCUAGGCAACUAUUUGACCAAGUGAGUCACAUGCCCAGCCUAGGAAGACUCAUAGCCUCAAGGACAGAUGGCCUCAGUCAUGUAGGCAGACCUGAAGCACAAAAACACACAGAAGUCCCUAAACGGUAGCUGUUCUUAUUUUGGAGUGCCCACGGAGCUCUGGUCAUGAGGUUGCUACUAGGCAUGUGUCCUCCUUGUGUGGCUGUCUCCCUGCUGUGCCCUCUUGUAAAUCACACCCAGUGUGGACUGUACUGGGGGAUGGUGAGGAGAUCUCAUUGACCCGGCAGAGCUCCUGCUCAGGGUACCUUUGGGCUAUAACCAUGGGGUGUAGUUCCCCCCCCCCCACUGCUCCCACAGGUAUACAGGAUCCUGUCCAAAGACAUCCCUACAUUUCUCCUUGCAGAGCUGCUACACAUCUUGACUUUGGGAAAAGAGAAGGCAGUCUCAGGAAUAUUUGCCUCCAAAGUGG